AAACUUGUAUUGUAACCAUCAAACAACCUCACUAUCACUACAAGGUUCAUAAAAAAUACAAAAAAAAAAAUAUUUCCACUCAUAGUAAACAAGUUACUACAUAAAAACAAACACAAAAUCCAUUCUCUCAAACCCAACACAUGGCCUCUUCCACCCCUCCACUUCUUUCAUCUCCCCCAUCCUCCAUUCAAGACCUACAACAAUACUGGCUACCCAAUUCAACCCAAACCCUCAUAAACCACCUUCACCUAACCACCAACUUUCAAACCUCCAUCUUUCACUUACCCGAAACCCUAACAUCCGAAACCCAAAACUCUUACAUCCCCAACCACAUUGGGCUCGGUCCAAUCCACCAUUUCAGUACUAACCUUUACAGCAAACAAACACAACUCAAACUCAACACAACAAACACCAUUCUAAAACAUUAUAAUAUCACACAAGAAUUUCUAAAAGUUGUGCACAAGAAGGUUACUGACAUUGUCCCAGCAGUUAGAUGCUGCUAUGAUUUGUACUUUAAUGUUAGUGAUGAUACUCUAGCAUGGGUGUUUGUGUUGGAUGCACUCUUUUUGUUGGAUGUUUUGUUAAAAGUCUCAGACGGGACAUAUGAUGCUGUCCCGUGUCGAGGACUUUGGAAGAUGUGAUGAUGGUGGAGAACCAAAUCCCACUUGUGGUGUUGGUUGAACUGCUAAAUGCAGUUCAACAACACUCAGACGGGGAAGUUGAUGAAUUUGAUCUUGUAAAUUUGUUGGUGAAAUUUUGCGAAACGCGAUCGCCAAUUAAGUUUACUGCACCAGAACCCGAAUCUGAUGGCGGUUUUGACGUGCGUGACAUGUUUCACUUGCUUGACUGCUUGUAUCGCUUGAUCGUAAAUGAUAACUUACCGCCGAAGAACCCUUUUCUUCGAAUGGGUUUAUUGCUCGAUGUACAUCUGGAAGACGUUGAGAACGCGGUGCAAAUGGCCGGAGGGUUGGUCCCGGGUGCAAAUGCUUUUCUACAACCUAUCAUGCUAGUACUAAAACUACCAUGGGACAAGAUUACGAAUUCGAUCAAGAAAAUGCUAGGCGAAAACCCUACAAUGCUCGAAAUCAAUAUCCCUUCGGUUUCAAAGCUCUCAAGAACCGGAAAGAUUGAAUUUUACUCAACUCCCGGAGGAAUUCACGACAUCAAAUUCAACGAAGAGAUACCCUCGAUUACCCUCCCGGUUAUUGAUUUGAAACCGGGGUCCGAAGUUAUAUUAAGAAACUUGGUGGCUUAUGAAGAGUUAAUGUUCAAGAAAGAUAACAUUAAGAAUCUUGAUUUCAUUGAGUAUGUGGAGUUAAUGUGUGGGAUCAUUGAUGCUGUUAAGGAUGUAAAGAUUCUUCGUGAGAAUAAUAUUAUUGAAGGUGAGAUGAGUGAUGGGGACAUUGUGAAAUUGUUCAAUGGGAUUAGCAAAUCAAGUGUGAAGAGAGAUGGAAAGAAGUCUGAAUUGCAAAAGACUAUUGGGAAGGUUAAUGGGUAUUAUGGUAAUAUACCUAGGGUUAAAGCGUGCAACUUUAUCAAGAAAGUGUUUCUUGCAUCAUGGAAGAUUUUGGUUAUAGUGUUUUCUGUUGUAAGUUUAGUGUUGAUGGUUGUUACGGGUGUGUGUCAAGUUUAUGAUUGUAAGGAGCGGUUUGGGCUUGGUUAUGUUCGUUCGGUUUUAGAUUAUGCUAUCGGGGAUAGCCAAUUAGUUGUUGAUUUUUAGGUUAUUAUGUGACAGUAGGAGCGAUCUAGAGAGUUUAAGUGUUUAAUGAAUGAAUUGUAAGAUUGUAUGGUACGGGUUUAUUGAAGUAGCAAGAAUUGCCUUGUAAAACGGCUUUGGCCUUUGAGA